CUUUGUGAGGAGUGACGGGGAUCGCCAUGUCCGUUUUCCUCUCCCUGGAUAUUUGCUUCCCACACGAUAAAUAGACAAGGAUUCACCACCAAGAUCACGUGAGGGGGACUAGUUAACACCAAGGGAUCAAUAGACCAGAUAUCCUGCCAGCCACUACCCACCAUCCACACACAAGAGGCCGCGCAUGAGGAGUGAGACAGGGGCCGAGACAGAGACAGUGAUGGUGGCGGAGUGGCCUGGGGGCGUGGGCGGGAGCGAGGGCGGCUGGGCGCGGGUGUAAGGAUGGGCGGGAAGGCGAGCACGGCGGGCGGGGCGGGGGUGGGCGGGGCUGGACUUGGGGGAGGCCCAGAGUCCGCCCACGCCGCCACCGCCUCCUCCGCCACGCGUUCAAGAGCCUUGUCUACGAGUGCUGGCACGGCAGACGGCGAGGGCAGCUCUGCAGUGGGGCUUCUGCGCUCGGCCAGCCAGGGGGGCGGCGGCAACAGGGACCGGGCAGGGGACAGAGGCAGGGCGCGAUCCCUUUCCAGUGUGCCCGACGCGAGUGGCACGGCGCCUCCCCUCACCAUCCCGGCGCUGCUGUCCCGGGCGGCGGCGGGGGGCGGCAUCGGGGGAGGCGGAGGGAGCGAAACAGACGGAAGUUCCCCUGAGGAGUAUCUUCUGGACGGCCCCCUGAGUUCCCUGGCGCUGGGGAGGGUGUUCACCACGCACUCCCUUCCGGCGCACCUGUGGUCAUUCAAUGGUUUCAAGUGUCCCAUCUGCUCCAAAGUGGUGUUGCCUGAUGACCUGGAGUGCCACCUGGUCAUCUGCCUCACCAAGCCACGCAUCAGCUAUAAUGAGGAUGUACUGACGGAGGACAAGGGGGAGUGCGUCAUCUGCCUGGAGGAGCUCUGUCAGGGGGACACCAUUGCUCGGUUACCCUGCCUCUGCAUCUAUCAUAAGUCUUGUAUUGAUGAGUGGUUCCAGGUGAACCGUUCGUGCCCUGAACACCCGUUAUGACUGAGAACUCCUAUGCACAUUUGUAUUAAAAAUAAUCAUAAAACAAAAAAAACAAAAGAAAAAUGCCUAUGUGCCAUUAUCGUGUGCCAGCUGAGUGGUGGUGUGCCGGGCUGGGCGGCAGGGGGCGGCACCACCCUCGGCCCUGGGGGGGAGGACCUGCGCCCCUGAAUUGUGCUGUGUCAUAUUGUAAGUGUUGGACGGGAACAAAGAAACCAGGGAGGAGGAGGAGGAGGAAGAGGACGAUGAUGAACAGGAGGAGGAGGAAGAAGAGGAGAUGCGUGUACAUGUGUGUGUGUGGAGGAUAAGCCACAGCCACAUGUGUACGUGUGUGUGUGUGUGUGUGUGUGUGUGUGUGUGUGUGUGGUGUGUGUGUGUGUGUGUGUGUGUGUGUGUGUGUGUGUGUGUGUGUGUGUGUGUGUGUGUGCACGCAUGUGUGCCUGUGUGUGUGUGUGCAUGUCAUGCGAGAGCAUCAAGGAGGAAAUGCGCUGCUUGCCUUGUAUCACCGACUUACCGAGUGGCUGCAAGACAAGGAGGAGAGCGGCGAUCCUGACUGGGAAGUGGAGAGGUGGUGUUCUGUGAACUGGUGUGCUGCUGUGCUGUCUUCACCUCCCUCUCAAGCCCCUCACAGCCCCUGCAGGAGUCUCCACCACCUGCACACUUUGUUCUGCAGCUCCCUUCCCUCACACCCUUGCCCUGGCCUCUGAUCCCCUGCAGCAGCACCAAGGGGCAUGAGGGGCUGGUCUUGUCCCUCCAGUGACCUGAUCAGAGUGUCAAGUUUAUUAUUAACAAAGAAAGAGGAGAAAGUGGAGAAGGAUAACUGGUUAUUACUCUUUCUUUGGUGAUUUGUUUAGCCAUAAAGACAACUGUUGAGUGUGUCAAGUUUAUUAUUAUUAACAAAGAAAGAGGAGAAAGUAGAGAGGAAUAAGUGGUUUGACUCUGUUUUUAUUAUUACUCUUUCUUUAGUGAUUUGUUUGGCCAUAAAGACAAGUGUUGCUUUCUGUGGGAAGUGUUAUCAGUCCCAGUAAUACUGUGGAGGUGACAUAGUUUUGGCCGCCAAUGUUGGCAAGAUGACACGAGUGAUUUAGCUCUUAGUUCUGUAAUGUUAAAUGUUUUGAUUUAUUUGAACUGUUAAUCAUAUGGAAGCUUCUUAGUGAACAAGUCUCCUGGUCCUUUUGUCAUUCACCAGAGAAUAUUUAUUUGUCUGUAGAAUGAGCUGAGGGAAGGAAGGGAAAAGGUCCCAUCUGUUGCGUGUGUGGUGAGUGUGCAAAGCAGUGCGGUGUAUUUGGCUGCGUUCAAGUUCUGUGGUGUUUGGGAAUGAGGGAAGGAAAGGAAUUUUGAGAGUGUGUGCGUGUCCGACACUAACAAGCCGAACUAUAGAUACUGUUGUUGUUUAGUAGCAUUUAUUUCCUCCUCUCUGCUCUUUUUCCAGUGUAAUGAGGCUUUAAGAAAUUUGAGUCAUAACAUUGAAGUACAAGACGAUGUGUUUGCCACUCAACACCACUCACCGUUGUUCUCUGUUGUAAUUUAUUUCACCCAAAUUGACGACAAGCACAGCGUCAACCUUGUCCUUGUUUCAGGUACAGCGAGUCUUGCCUCGGCAAGACUUGCAUCUGUGUGAUAGACUUUUGUUUAUUUUGAUGCCGACAGUAUAGACUCUGCAGUGCUCAGGUAGUAGACUAGUGUUACUGCCGGGGAAGAUGACGAGCCUCCUAGUAAUACUACUGUGUUUGGAGUCUGAACAAUAAUGCUUCAUGCUCACCCUAGUUGCCAUAUAGCUAAGCCAGCAUUCUGGUGGACCUAACAAUACUAGUGAAAUUAGCCUUUCAUUGAACACUUUGGUUUCCUGGAGUUUGCCUUCAAAUUAACUAAUAUAUUCAGCUUUGGCUUCCAAGCAGACAGCAGUGGCCUGAAUUGGGCCACAGAAGAGACCCACUAAAAUAAGUUUACUUUCAACAUUGCUCAGAAGGUCAGGAAUUGCACCAUUGAGACCACACAAGGGGUGCAAGGGGUGGAGAGCAUGCAGGCUUGGGUUCCCUGGCAUGCAGAAGACAGUGAGUGGAAGGGUUCACCACACUGAGUACUGAUCCGAUGCCUGGCUAGUGACGGCCGCUGGAUCCAGCUGAGUCCACCACAAUGAGGCCAUAGCGUAGCUGCCAUUGCAUAAGACCAAACCUUGCCUCCUGCCAGGGCACCGUGCCACUUGAACGUGCCGCCAGAUUUAUGGCAGGCGGAUUCAUUCUUCACUGAUGACUGUUCUGUUGUGUUCAGUUCUGUGCAAGUGUGAUGCUCGACAUGAAGUGUGUUGAUCAAGUCUUGUCAUCAUUUCCACGUGGUGUUAGAGCUUGUAUGAGAUGAGAUGCAUUGGAAUGUGUUGCUCGAAACCUUUGUCACACUUAUUCUUUCUUUUAUAAGUUUUUUUAUACAUGAAAUCAGGUAAGGGGUAGCUUGCUGUGUCUCCUGUUGUUCAUUUCACUCCACUGACUGCAUCUUGUUGCUUAGACCUUGCUCAGUUGUGGGAGGAGGUGCCAGUGCAUUGACCAUAUCACUCACUUUUUAAUACAUAAUAAGGAAUUUUGAAAUUAAGACAGAGCACUUGAGGGAGCAUGGGACAAGAUGAUGUCCCCUUGGUGCCAGCAAACACACAGAGGUGGGCUGACAUCACCUUCCACAACUGCACUGUCACACUAUUCCUGGAAACACCACACAGCUGAGGUGCACCAUAAUCUCAGCUACAAUGUGAUCUUGGGCAUUUGUAGAAAGCCUGGGUGUGACAGACUCAGCUUCUAGUGGUCUUCACAGGUGGGAGAGAGUAAUGAACAGCCUCUCUCUGUCACUCACUCUAAGUUUUCACUCUGAUAAAAUUUUAACAACUCCACCCACCACUUGUGUAUCUUGCUCUCAAAUGACACAGGUGGAAGCUUUGCUGUGUGUUCACCUAUGUUCACCUGUUCACCUGCCUUCCUGUGAGUUUUCUAGAGUGUUCUAUUGGUGUAGAGAAGAGGGUGUCUGCUGCCUCCAUCUCUCCUCUCUAGCUGUGUGUAUCGUCUCGAAAGUUUGAUGUGGCAACCAGCUUUUAAUGUUUGUAGUUUUGAUGACAAUGAUUAUUAUUAUUAUUAUUAUUAUUAUUUUUUAUUUUAUUUUUUUUUUAUUAAUGGUAUGCAUAUGUAUUAAUAAUUUACUAAUGUUCAGGGAUGGUAUGAUAAAUGCAGUGUUGAGUCGUGGUGAAUUUUUCCUCUAGUGAUUUCUUGUUGUAUGUGGAUCCCUGUAUUUUUUUUUUUUUCCUUUCAUUUUUAUCUUGCAGUUUUCACAGACACAUAAUUUAACAUUUUUUUCUUUCUGGUCACCAACUUUUGUUCUUCCAACUCAUUUCAUUUAGCGCUUAGCCUUGACUCACAGUGAAACAAACGAGGACUGAGCACCAGAAUGAAUUAUACCCAUGUUGCUCAAGACCAAACCAAGUGAGGCUACUGUAGCUCUGGUGGAGACCUUGAGUGACAACCCUGGGACACACCCUGCUUGGGGAACACCCUGGGGACACUCUUGGGACACCCUUGGGACAUGAGCCACACAACUACACCACAGCCAACACCAACCACCAAACCCACACCACGUAGCGACUGAACCACACCACUCUGGAACUGUGUCCUUGGAGCCAUGUUCUCUAGCCACAGAUGAGUGUGAUCUCCAGGUUGGUGUGGGAAGCCGGGGCGACACAACUAGUAAUGUUUGGUCUCUCUGUCAUGACUCCCACAGCAGACACCAGACUGACUCACUCACUGACCUAUGCUGUGCUGCUGUCUUUCUCUUGAUUGUUUCCUUGGGGGCAGUGUGUGUGUGUGUGUGUGUGUGUGUGUGUGUGUGUGUGUGUGUGUGUGUGUGUGUGUGUGUGUGUGUGUAGGCAGAGGUCAAGAGGUAGCUGAGUGAGUAGAUCAGUGCAGCAUAAUGCCAAUAUUCACAUUUUCUCACUACCUUAUGGGCAAAGCUUGACUACUUUAGGUUAGGUAUUUUGUAAUCAAAACUAGGAAUGAGAAGCAUAUGUAUAUAUAUACACCAUAUGUAUACAUAAAUAUAUAUAUAUAUACGUAUAUGCAUUUACAGUAUGCAUACACUAACACAAUAAAGGCAUAUCCACACACUCUUAGACAGGUGUACCCAUACAUAUUAAAAUUACAACACACACAUAACAGUACACAGUGUUAAUAGAGAUGUACCUUUUGGGGUGAUAAGUGGUAGAGCAGAUUUUGUACGUUGGUUCUAAGAGGCAUUAGCAUGGACUUCUAUACUACUCCUGUUUUUCAUUAGAAUGGUGGCCCCCUUACCUUAACUAACCUUACCUAACCUAACCCAACCUUUUCCCUGCUCACACACACACAUGGACUUCUCACAGUGUAAUUUAGUUGGCUCGGCUCUAUUGGCAGAAGGUUGUAUAUCACGGUUGUCCUUUUCAUCUCACUAGCCACAUGUCUUCCCUUCCUUCACUGCUCUCAUUUCAUGUAGAAGAAAAAAGAACCUUGGACUCCCACGCUCAGCUCUCACAUUUUGUACUUUCCUAAAGCUUUCUGCAUACUGCUUCUGCUGCUGUGACCACUACUACCACCACUGUUACUACUAUCACCACUGUUGCUGACUACUACUACUACUACUACUACUACUACUACUACUACUACUACUACUACUACUACUACUACUGUUACUUAGCUGUAGGAUCUUUUGCUACUUGGACACACCCAUCACGUGAGCUAAUAUUCAGCUUAAGUUGACUAAGAGGCAAGUAAGUGAGUGAGUAAAAGCAAGCAUCCAACCAGCUGAGUCAUCCACGACAAUAGAUCAACCAGAGUAUAAUUAGAAAGGCGCAGCUGUUCUAGCACUGUAUUGCCCGUAACUACUGUACGUACUACUAAAUAUUCCUUUUUUUUAUUUAUUUUUUUGGUCACAUCUUAAGGAAAUGCCUUUACUAGUGGAACAUUCUGGAAGGUGGUCUGUUCAUAUUCUCUCUCUCUCUCUCUCUCUCUCUCUCUCUCUCUCUCUCUCUCUCUCUCUCUCUCUCUCUCUCUCUCUCUCUCUCUCUCUCUCUCUCUCUCUCUCUCUCUCUCUCUCUCUCUCUCUCUCUCUCUCUCUCUCUCUCUCUCUCUCUCUCUCUCUCUCUCCUCCCCUCCCCAGUACUUUCCUGUGCAUACUCUUGUGUUGAUGUUGAUGUGACCCACAACACUGCUGGUGAUGGUGUCAGACAAGAGAAAAGGAUGCACUCUUCUCUCUCUGGUGGAGUGUUGAAUAGGACACUCUACUGUUUUUCUUUUUCUUGCCCUUGUACAUUUUUUCCUUCACCUCCAUGUCCUGUUCUUUCUUUCCUUCCUUCCUUCCCCUGUUGAUUCUUUUUCUUUUCUUCUUGAUUUAUUACACAUUUGUUGAUCUUUUCUCAUUUAUUUUUUAUGCUCUUCUUUAUCUAUUCCUGGUCUCCUAUUCCUUCUUUUAUCCCCAUAAAUUUCAUGUUCUGUUUCUUGUCCUCUUUUUUUUUACUUUAUCAUUUCUUUUUUCACUCUUUCUCUCUCUCUCUCUCUAUCUCUCUCUCCCCUCCAUAUAUAUUGCUUCUGUUCUAUAGCCUCUCCCAGUCUCUGCUUCCUCCCUGUGUGGUUUUCCUACUCUUCAUGGAUCCACUUUCACAUAUGUAUCAUUGUAUAGGUCCAGAGUAUUUUAUUACCCUGCUCAGAAUAUAUAUAUAACACUAGAGGUGCAAUGAUUUGAUAUAUGUUGUAGUUUUGUAUAUACAGUAUAAUAUAUAAGUGAUGUUAAGAAACUUAAUGGAACAUUGGCUUCUGCGUUCCUCCAGCCAGAGAAAAAAAAAGAAAGGGAUAUAUAUAUAUAUAUAUAUAUAUAUAUAUAUAUAUAUAUAUAUAUAUAUAUAUAUAUAUAUAUAUAUAUAUAUAUAUAUAUGAUGACUUUUCAGCAGCAAGGGAAGUUUGCUGCAAAUGGGAAUUUUUGCAUUAUAUUACUAGUAUGGGGGAAGAAUACAAUGGGAUUAAAAAAAAAAUAAUACAUAAAUGAUGAGAAAUGUGAUUUAUUCUUUUAGUUGGAAAUUUUUGUACACUAUGUUGCCCAAAUUAUGUACAGUAAUAAAGGCUGAUAAAUGUGA